AUGGAGUGCUAUGGUGGGAUGGGCAAGGCAAAUGGUUUGUCUCCAGAUGAAAGUGAAAACGAUUUAUGCCUUUCAAACAACAACGUUGUUGACGAGAAUGACUUAAGAAAGGUUGAGUUGUUGUCGGAUGAAGAUGGUCGUGAAUAUGGUUACGUGACUGGGUUGACUGCAGAGGAUAUAAUGAAAAAGGUGUUUCGAAGUGAAGAGCGUGCAUAUGAGUUUUAUGGUAGGUUUGGGAAAUGCAACGGAUUUGUGGUCCGUAAGGGAGACUAUGCAAAGGAUGAAGAUGGGAGUGUAGUGAGAAGGAGGUUCUUCUGUAAUCGGGCUGGCCUAAGGGAUGGAAAACAAUACAAUAGACUAGAUAGGGAGAGACGCCAUAGGCCUGAGACACGCACGAAUUGCCAGGCCCUGAUGUCUGUAUACCUUGAUAAGGGUAGCUCGGUUUGGAAGGUUUGGAAAGUAAUCAUCGAGCAUAACCAUGAGUUGAUACCGACGGGAAUGGUUCAUAUGAUCCGAAGUUUCCGGGCAAUAUCGGGUUCUGCAAAGGCCCACAUGGAUGGAAUGCAUACGUAUGGGUUGCUGACAUCUAAGAUAUUGGGGUACAUGGCUGGGAUUGCGGGUGGUUAUUCUUCUUUGGGUUUUACCAAGAAAGACGCAUACAACUAUAUGGAUCGGUCGAAGUGUGCAAAGGUGGUUGAUGGAGACAUGAACGCUGCUAUAGUAUACCUGGAAGGUAAGGCAGCUGCUGAUCCCAUGUCUAUGGCCCGGUACAAUUUGACUGAAGAAGGUAUGUUGGGAAACAUGUUCUGGGCAGAUGGUCCUAGCAGGGUUGAUUUUCAACACUUUGGAGACGUCGUUGCAUUCGAUUCGACGUAUAAAAAGAACAAGUACAAUAGACCCCUUGUCAUAUUCUUAGGUUCAAACAAUCACAAGCAAACAACAAUUUUUGGUUUCGGUUUGGUUUUAGAUGAGACAAUCAGUUCAUACAAGUGGAUAUUGGAGAACUUGUUAGAAGUCAUGUGUAGAAAUCUGCCCUCUGUAGUCGUUACCGACGGGGAUGAAUCAAUGAUUGCUACAGUUAGGGAGGUGUUGCCCCGGGCAACCCAUAGGUUGUGUGCAUGGCAUCUGCAGAAGAAUAUUACCUCGAACACCAACGAGCAGAUGUUCCGUGAUGUCUUUGCCAAGUGGUUGUAUGCUGACAUGGAGGUUGAAGAGUUUGAGCGUGAAUGGGCACAGGUUGCUGAACAGUAUGGGUUACUUAAUAAGUAUUGGGCGUUACAGUUGUAUGAAAAGAGGAAGAUGUGGGCAAAUGCGUACUUGCGUCGCAAGUUUUGCAAUGGGUUUCGCACGACGUCACGGUGUGAGGGCAUCAAUUCCCAUCUAAAAAAAUUUCUGUCGUCUAGGCACAGUAUUCUAGAGCUUGUGCAGAAUCUGGAGGUACUAGUACGGGAGUACCGGAAUAGUGAGCUGGUUACACAGUUCAGUUCAAUUUGCGGUGUUCCCGUUAUGACGACCCGUCUUGAUCCCAUCGAACAGUUUGCUGCAUCGGUGUACACGAAGGUCAUCUUCACACAAGUGAAGAAGGAGAUUAAGUCUAUCUCAGUCGUUAACUUCGUAAGCAAACGAAGGGUCUCAACAACCAUGGUGUACACGGUUGAGGAGUAUGGAUUUCCCGGUCAGAAUGUGGUGGCAUUGUACGAUCCAAAAAGAGAUAGGUUGGUAUGUCGAUGUGGAUUUUGGGAGAAAGAAGGUUUUCCUUGCAGGCAUAUGUUUUUUGUCAUGAAGCACGAGCACGUAAAAAGAAUUCCCGAAAGCUUGAUUUUGAGACGAUGGAGGAAGGAUGUGAAGACAGUCAACAAAUACACUGAGAAGACGGGACUAGAGGAUGAGCGGGGUUUCUUGUUGAGACAUGGAGCCCUGCAUGCUGCUUUGCAGUGGAUGUUGUUCGUCGGAUUUAAAAAUGACGAUCUGUACAAGAAAUGCAUGAAAGGGAUCAGGUAG